AUGGUGGUAUGCCUGAUCAACGUCGAGACAGCCGAUAGGGAUGAGGUCAGAGACCUGCAUCCGACCGCAAUACGCUACAGAGGAACCUUAACUUCAUGUCUUUGUUUCACAGGGGACAACCCUAAUGGUCGCUUGCUCAGUGGGAGGGUCUUAUCAUCUGGGAAGGCUCCAGGGUUGAAAGUGAUCCAGCGACCUUAUAGCUGUGAUGUAUGUGAGAAGAGUUUCACUCAAUCAGGAAACCUACGAAGACACCAAACGGUACACACAGGAGAGAAACCUUACAGUUGUGAUCAUUGUGGGAAGAGUUUUGCUCAACCAGGAGCCCUGACUAUUCACAAGCAUGUACACACAGGAGGGAAACCUUACAGCUGUGAUCCGUGUGGGAAAAGCUUUUCUCAUCCAGGAGCCCUGACUAUUCACAAGCGUGUACACACAGGAGAGAAAUCUUACAGCUGUGAUCAAUGUGAGAGGAGCUGCAGAGAUGCCACAGCCCUGAAUGAACACAUGCGUACUCACACAGGAGAGAAACCUUUUCACUGCCAUGUCUGUGGAAUUAGUUUUUCUCGACAAAGCAACCUGAAUGUACACAUGCAUACACACACAGGAGAGAAACUCUUCAGCUGUGACCAGUGUGGGAAGAGAUUCGCUCAGUCAGGAAACCUGACGAGUCAUCAGAAAACCCACACAGGCGGAGAGAAAAAAUAGGCGGGUGGAGAGGGAACC